AUGCUGGAUGACUGGUUCGAUAAAUCGCUUACCCUCAUCACAGACAUGGUCAAGCAACACACACCCCCAAAAACCAUCUCAAAAUGGUCAAAGAAAUGGUGGACCCCGGACCUCUCCCAGCUCCGAACCAUCUUUCACUCAAUACACAGAGCAUUCAGAAAAGGCAGAGCCCCCCCCUCAGAGAUGAAGGCAGCGCGCAACGCCUAUUUCAAUGCCAUAAAGAAAGCAAAACAAGACCACUGGAACGCCUUCAUCGCCAACGCCGACACAAAGGAUGUGUGGAGACUGAAGAAAAUGGCCAACAGGACGGAAGAUAAGAUUCCCACCCUCCCAAACUCACCCACCCCAACCCUCCUCAACAACAACCUCAUCAACGCCUUCUUUCCCCCUCGACUAGAAGGCCCCUCCCCCUCCCCCAUCCACUUCCCGAACACCCCCCUCAUUACACCCAAUGAAGUUCAAGCCGCACUGGGCCCCACCUCCAACCUCUCUGCACCCGGCCCAGACACCAUCCCAUAUUCAGUAUGGAAAGGUAUCCACAGAGCCAACCCCCGCAUAAUUCCCGCCCUCCUCAACCCGCUCAUCCAACAUGGAUACCACCCACUCUCCCUAAAAACCGCCAAUGGAGUAAUCCUCGCUAAACCAAACAAACCGGACUACUCCUCCCCCGCCGCAUACCGUAUAAUCGUCCUCCUCCAGACCUUCUCCAAGAUCCUGGAAAAAAUAAUAACACUCCGCCUGGCCGUAAUAGCGAAAGCCGUAGGACUCCUCCACAACCACCAAUGCGGGUCAGUCAGCGGCUUGUCCACUGGAGACGCAGUCACCACACUCAUACACGAGGCCAGAGCCAUGCAGCUGGCUAAGCUCAAAGUCUCCACCCUCUUCCUAGACAUCAAAGGAGGCUUUGACCAUGUCCUCAAACAACACCUAGCCUCCACCCUCUCAGAAAAACAUACCCCCCCCUACAUCACGAACUGGGUCCUCUCCUUCCUAUCUGACCGAUAUAUUACGCUGUUGUUUAAAGGAUCCCCCAAAAUCCCCACAGCCGUCCAAGUCGGAGUCCCACAAGGAUCCCCAAUAUCACCACUUCUUUUCCUCAUCUAUAUUAACUUCCUCCAUCAACAUGACCCCGCCCCCGGCAUCUCACUCUCCUAUGUAGACGACCUAGCCAUUACAGUGGCCUCCCCAUCAUAUGGGGAAAACAUCGACAUACUCCAGACCCACUACAAUAAACUUACAGCUCUGGCCUCCCCGAAGAACGUUACAUUCUCGGUGGGGAAGACGGAGCUAAUGCACUGGAGAACCCCACGCGAUAAGUCCCCCACCUCACACCUCCCAAUACUCCUGGACGGUCAAGCCUUCCAGCCCAGCCCCAUAGUACGAUGGGUCGGAUAUUGGCUCUCCCCCAACUUCAACCCCAACGCCCACUUCAUCAGAAGAACGGCGGCCGCAAGAGCAGCCUUCGGCAUUCUCAACCGCUUCUCCUCAGCAGGAAAAGGCCUAUCACCCGCAAAUUGCAGGAAAGUUGCCCUCCUCGCCAUCCGCCCCAUGCUUACUUACGGAGCCAAUGUAUUUACCCCAACGUCAGCGCUCCGAGAAAUGAAUACCUUCUGGAAUGCAGUCCUCAGAUGGACAACAGGCUGCUUCAGAGCCACUAAUAACCGUGUCCUAUGGGCGGAAGCAAAAGCCCCCCCCCUAAUACUAUACCUCCACUUCCUAAAGUGCAAAUUCGCUAUCAGGAUCCUCCGAGCUUCCCCACUAGCAAACCCAGUAACGGGAAGGACAGACCCCCACUUCCCCACCACCCUUCGAGACCGAACCUUCUCACACACCGCCCUCCUCAAAGGCCGACCCAACCCACCAAAGAAAUGGAACUCCAGAGCAAAAAAAGGCGUAGCACAUACACCUAUUGAGCACCUCUGCUCCCUGCUCCUCCCCCUAAUCGAGGAAGGGGUAGAUCAAGGCAAGAUGGCCCAUAGAGCCAAGCAACAACUGCUGGAUAACUGGCGUACCCAUUUCCCAACUCCGACCUACUACACACACAGACUAGACACAUCCCCCCUACCCUUCACACACCUCCACAAGUUCAUCGCCACAAGAAUCCAUCAAAUAAGAUCAGGGAAAAGCUAUCUACGAGCACAGCAAUCCUGGAUCAACCUACACACCUCACCCAAAUGCCGGAAAUGUGGCCUCGAAGACGAGACCCCCGACCAUGCCAUACUACAAUGCAACGCCUCUGCACUCACCCGCUCCCAAACCUUAGAAGGAGUUACAUCCCUUGAGGAAAUCUGGGACAACUACACCCUUACCCUCCUGCUAGGGGCCUACAUCACUAAAACCAGAACAGGCUACCCGGUCAGCCGGGGACCCUCACCACUCGAGUCAGGCUCAGGAACCUCAUCCCCCCUCAGCUCAGUCUCCUCCUCCUCUACGUCAUCAACAAUACUCAUGGGCCCAAUACCCACAGUCUACGCGUCCUAG